UAAAGUUUGACAGAUUGCUGUGCAAUAGUGUACAUAGUGAACGUGUGUGUUGUUGUACUGAAUAUUUUUUUUAUGUUGUGAUCAAGAAAAAAAUUAUAAAACAAUGGCUACCACGGUAGAGGCAUCCCAGUCCCUCAUCCAAUCGGAGACGAGGCACUACCAGGAGGUGGUGACGGAGACCAGGCAAGUCAAGAAGAAGACCAAGUCCAGACGGCAUAAGGAUGAGGGGUCAAUAUCUGUGUCGAAGAGUUCAGAAAAGCUAUACAAGAAGAUGAAGGCGGACAAUGAAAACCCGACAUGUGCGAAGUGUUCCAGACCAGUGUAUGCCAUGGAACGGAUCAAGGCGGAGAAGAGAGUUUGGCACAAAGAGUGCUUCAGAUGUGUCCAGUGCAACAAACAUCUCACAGUGGAGACAUAUCAGAGCGACCACACGACGUUAUACUGCAAGCCGCACUUCAAGCAUCUGUUUGAACCGAAACCUGUAGACGGGGAUGAUGAAACUGAUGCCGCACCAAAAAAGCAUCAAAUGAUUAUCUGUGAAAGUCAACCAGUCGAGCUGCCGCCAGAUGUCGUUAGAGCAUCUGACAAGCCAGACCUAGGCCUCGAAGAACUGGCCUCUCUCGAUGUGAAGUCUAGGUUCCAAGUGUUUGAACGUAAAAAUAAAGAAGAGGAACCAGUUUCGCUUGAGCCUCGAGCGCCUAGAGAGAAAAGUACCGCUCUUCUGUCGAAGUUGGCUAAGUUCAAAGCAAAGGGUAUGGAUAUCGGUGUAUCAGACGAGUAUCUCAACGGGGUUCAAGUGGAACGUAGCUCGAGUGAAGCUGAAGAUGAGGACGAGGAUUCCGUGCUGAAGAAGUCAUACGCCCAUAAUUCAAACCGGGAGCAGUCGUCUCUUUGUGAUAUGAGUGAGCUGGUGGGUCGCUUCGAGCGAGGUCCUCCCAGCGCUGAGAGACACCACCAACGAAAGCAAGAAAUACAAAACAUACGUAGUAGAUUGUUCCUGGGUAAACAAGCUAAAAUUAAAGAAAUGUACGAACAGUCCGUCAUGCAAUGUGAACAGAGUGUGACAUCAUCAGACAAGAUAGCUCGAGAAUUAGAAUUAGAUGCUGAAAAAGCGAAGGCUAUCAAACAACGUUUUGAAAACGGGGAGAUAUUUAAUGAUGAGAAUCAACCUCCGAAAAACAGGGAACUUGAUGAUCCAACACUGUUUAAUGAAGGUAUUGCCAAAAAAUCUAGAUCAAUUUUUUUGGAAUUAGACGCUAAUGCAAAACACAUGGCACCGUUGUCGCCCCCCGCGCAAGAACCACCUAAGAGAAAGGAAAUACCAUUCGUCCCGAAAGACGUAGUUCGCGCGGCUGACAAACUGGAAGACGUAAAGAUUGAAACUGCGGAUAUCUCUGAUCGCUUCAAGUUCUUCGAAACUUACAAACCCGAGACCAAACGCAAAGAAUUCCGCAUGACUCCACCGAGACAGCCACUGCGGCGCUCGCCGUCCCCCGAGCCGCACCGCGAGGCGGGCGCGGCGCGCGGCGAGCCCGCGGACGCCGCGCUGGCCGCCGGCCGCCGCACCGCCGCGCGCAUGAUCUCCGUGUUCCGGCAGCUGGAGGAGCAGCGCGAGCGGCCCGACCUCCAGGGGCCUAAACCACUUAAACGCUUCACACCGCCCCCUGACGGCGAGGGUCGUCGGUUCGAGUACUCGUCAUCUUGUGAUGAAGACGAGGACGAAAGUGAUGAAGAGCGCUACGAACGCGCUUGUGAGCAUGACGAGGCACUGCAACAGGCCCAACAGCUGGCCAGGACCAAGAGCUUCCGCGAUCGCUUCGAGAACUGGUCGGAGAGCGAGAGAGACGUGGAGCCACGACCGCCCUCCGACCUGAUACCGAGGGGGGAUGACGAAGGAGAGUCACAGCUCGAGACCGCUAAGAGUUUACGUGAAAAGUUCGAAAACAUGAAGGUGCAAACCACGACUAUUACAAAAACAUUUGCGCCCAAAGUUAAUAGAUUCGUGUGACCAUCGAGUGAAAACCAACCGCCUCAAAAUUACCAAAGCAUUACAUUAACACCAUAAAAGAUUUAAGGGUCUUGCCACUAAUAUAAGAAUCUCAACAAGAGAUCUGAUUUUUUUUACUUUUGACUAUAUUUACAAAAAUAUACUCAUUUACGUGUCUUCUCUAUAUCAUUUUUGAAAAUACUAAUUUUAUUAGAAGUAGUCGUUUUUCGUUGAUUCAUUUGAUUAUAUGAAUCAAAGUAACGAUUUGAUUCAUAGAUACUUUUCUUUCCUUUUUUUUUAAUUCAAAUUAUCUAUAGUUAAGGAUGUCUAGUCUAAAAUAAUGUUGAUAAAACGUUUAAGUAUUAAAUUCACAUUUUAGAUAUUACAAAACACAUUUAUAUAUUAAAAAAAAUGAUAAAAAUAAAAUAUUUAUAUUCGAUGUAGGACUGAUAGUUAUUGCAUUUCGAAUCUGGUGCCUUAAAUGUGCAAUUAAUUUUAUAUUAUAAACAUCUGUGUACUUUUUCGAUAUAUUUAUCAUAAAUAUAUAUAAGUUACAUAGUUUUCAAGAUUCUUACUGUUAUAUAAAUAGAUUUAUGAGGCAUUGUAAGUACAUAAGUAAAAUUGAAAUUCUUAACAUUUAUAAUAAUUAUAUCUGUGGCUUCCAUAUGCUCAAUAUUUCGUAAAAGUUAUAUAAAUUAUAGUAGAGAUUAGGAUCAAUAUUUAUAUCAUAAUUUUGCUUUCUUGCCUGUCUUAAUUUUCCUAAUUUAUGCAAAUUCUUGCCAAUAUUGUAUAAAAAAAAUAACUUAAAAUAUAUUUCUAUCUUUGUAUCUUGAUUUUUGCGCAUUAAAAUCUAUCUUCAAAAAUGUGCGUAAUAUUUCGAAUCAGAACGUUGUUGUAAGGAAAAUGAGAUUUUUUUAAAUUGAAUAAUUUUUUAACAAAUGCUCGUUACGUUUUUUUAUAUAUUUUUUCUAUCUUAUGUGCCAUUGCCGAAGUCAAAAAUCGCAUAAGAAUUGAAAAUUUUGUUUCAUUGAAAGCAGAAGAAGAAAUUUUUACUCUAUGACAAUAGCAACUAUACGUAUGACAUAAUAAUCUAGAAUUUUAUUUAUUUGAAAAUAUUUUUAAUAAAAUAAUGCAUGUUCAUUCAUUGUAAUCGAAAUCAUUUUAUAUUCCUAUUAAGUUAUCUGACUGACUUUUUAUUGUUUGUACUUAAAUACUGUUUUGUCGGUGUUUUGUUUUAAUAUAUUUCAAAACUGCGAUAUUUAUAAGAAAUAAUAAAGAAAAUUAUUUAAAAUCUC